AUGUCAAAAGAUCCAUUCAAUGAGCCUUUUAUACAAGGGCGAGGUUCGCACGACCAGAGGGGACCCUUGGGCGAUAAUUUUGAGCUUUCCAGCUUUGACCGUAGCACUGAAGUGAGGCCCGAGAGACUUAGUGUGGACAGCGAAGAUAGAUUUACCAGCACAUUCCUACAUGAACAGAGAUCAAAAUCAAACAUUCUUAUGGCGUUCAUGAAUAUGGCCAACAGUAUCCUUGGGGCAGGAAUCAUAGGUCAACCGUUUGCUGUCAAAAAUUGCGGGCUUCUAGGAGGCGUGUUGGCAAUAGUGCUGCUCUCUCUUCUAGUCGACUGGACGAUACGUCUCAUUGUUGUGAAUCUGAGAAUAUCGGGAAAGACCACCUAUCAGGACUCAGUCGAGUUGGCUAUGGGAAGAAAGGGAAAACUACUUAUUCUGCUAUCAAAUGGUUUGUUUGCAUUUGGAGGGUGCAUCGGGUUUUGUAUUAUCAUAGGAGAUACCAUACCACACGUUUUGCGGGCCUUUUUUUCUGGCCACGACAACCUCUUCCAUCGAAACAUUGUGAUAGUUGUUGUAACUUGUCUCAUUUCCUUCCCACUCUCCCUCAACAGGGACAUUUCGAAACUUUCGAAAGCUUCCAUGUUGGCACUCGCCAGCAUGGUAGUUAUCGUUGUUAUUGUGGUGAUCAAAGGGCCAGGGACAGAUUCUGCGUAUAAAGGAAGCUUUAAUUCUAGUAACCUUUUGAUCACGCCAAGAAUAUUCCAGGGCCUUUCAGUGAUUUCUUUUGCGCUAGUUUGUCAUCACAAUACAAGCUUCAUUUACUUUUCUUUGAAAACGCCUAGUUUAAAAAGGUUCGACAGGUUGACACACUUCAGUUGCUUUAUCGCAAUGAUUUUUUGUUUUUUAAUGGGCUUCACUGGCUUUUUGGUUUUCAAAGACAAAACCAAAGGUAACAUUCUCAACAACUUUCCUGGGAAUGACAACGCUGUGAACGUAGCAAGAUUCUGUUUUGGAUUCAAUAUGCUCACGACUUUUCCCUUGGAAAUUUUUGUGUUGAGGGAUGUCAUAAAAGAUCUGAUGUUUUUCAAUUCUGAGCCCAAGAGCCAACCGCGAGUACUGAGUUUGAAACUGCAUGUCAUCAUAAGCACCGCGCUUGUGUUUGGUACGAUGGCUAUAUCUCUGACAACCUGCAACCUUGGUGCGUUGUUUGAGUUAAUUGGCGCCACGACAGCAUCUUUAAUGGCUUACAUACUUCCUCCGUGGGUAAAUUUGAAGCUUGUUGGGGGAAACUUGAAAUGGCGGGAUAGAAUACCUCACUACGUGUGUAUAGGUUUCGGGUUUGCUAUUAUGUUGAUUAGUAGUACCCAGACAAUUAUUAGCUACAUAAAUGGUGGAGACCAAAAGCACUGUGAAACAUAG